AUGAAGCUUAUCAACCUACUGAGCAUUCUCACUCUCGGAACGAUAUCAACGGUGACCGCCGCAGAGAGGAACCCGCUCUCGUACGCAUCCAAACCGGCGGGUACCUACGUGCCUUCAAAGACCCCUAACACGACAACCCUCCUAGACUUUAUCAAAUCUAGGAGCGACCUGACAACGCUCGCCGAGGCGUUCGACACCGUUCCCACCUGGGACUUUACAUUUUUCGCGCCCUCGAACGCUGCGUUUGAGAAACACACGGGACAGUACUUCAAUACCUUUUUGCCGACGCCAAAGGGCAAGUGGUGGCUCGGCAAUCUGGUGCAGCACCAUUACGUGCCGAAUUCGCAGCUGCUCACCAGCGUCUUCAACGAGACUGCGACCAGGAUCCAGACGGGGUCGUACUUGUACGUUGGCACGCAGGUCAAGGAUGGACAGGUGUGGUUGAAUGAUGUUGCGGCGGUGACGGAGGGAGAUUUGAGGGUUACCAAUGGCGUCGUUCAUAUCAUCGAUCGUGUUCUUGAUCCAUCGGCGCAACUCUUUGAAGCAGAUAAGCCCAAGGUGGGCCAGAAGUUCAUUGCUGGGAGCUGCUCUGACACGUCUCUGCCAUACUGUUAG